GAAAAAGCCAAAAAAAUAAAAACAAGCAUGGCGAAGGUUUUUUGAAGAAGACAGGUCAGAAUCGGAGGGAGGGAUCCCACCCACGGGAUCAAACUCCAACCCUCUCCCUCACCACCUUUCUCAAGAACCUCCUCUGAUGAGAAAAUUACCUACAGAAACAAAUCCAGAAAAGGCACACUUCUUGAAACUCAACAACGUCUCCUCCUCUAGCCGUUGUUGCCCCUUUUCUUCCCCACGAAAUCCCUUUCUACUGCUCUUCGAAAACUCAGAAGGAGACUCCCAAAACCAGACCCAAAAUCAACAAAAGACCCCCCCUUUACUCUGCUUUUUGCUCCAUAUAUAUACCCAAAUAAUAAAAUAAAAUAAAAUGAAAUAAAUAAAUAAAUAAACUUGCUCCGUCAAUCACUGAUGAUGCCAAUUUUGUCUGGUAUUGCUGUUUUUUUGUGUAGGUGAGGCAGGGGCAUGGUUGUAGCGAUUAUUGGGUGGCCUGAAUCUACUCAUGGUGCACAUGUUUUUACCAAUACAUUGGAAAAGCAUAAGGAUGUGUUUCCUUCAUCCUCUUGAUGGUAAUAAUUUUCUAUUUAUUUUGUAAUAUAGUUUUUAAGCACAAUUCUUAAUGAAUUUUUAAGAAAAAUUUUCGUAUUUA